CUGGCCCCUUUCAUCAUCACUUUUGAUCUCAACAACUUUUAAUGAAUAUUGUUACUUUCCAUUGACAUGAGCCUAUGUACACAAUUACAAAAAUGACAUUAAAAAAAUAGUGGUCUGAUUUGUGGAAAUCACGUUAUAAUUUUGCACGUAAAGUCACAUAAAAUUAUUAUAUGUAAUAAAGUGAGUAUCGCUGAUGUCAAAACCUUGGUAACUGAGUGUGAAAUUGUUGGAAAUACUGCGUCACGUAGUUAUUUUUAGAAUUCUUUAUACGAUCACAAUAAUCUGCAACAACAUCAAUCACUCUCUGUCCAUGAAAGGAUGCUGCUUCUCCUUUAGGUCGGGCCUGCCUCCGCGUGCGCGCGCUCGAGCUCGGCUCUUGUAAUUGGCUCAGCGCUGUGCUGUUGUCCAUGCGCCACUGGGCGAGUCUCGGCUGUCUCAGUAACCCUCUUUUAUCCUCAAAAAAGGAGAGCGAAAGAGGGCAGACUCAGAGUUGGGUUCGGGCGGAUGGACCGCCAUUAUUGGGAGCCUUGGACAACCACUUUCACCCACACGCACAUAUAUAUCUUAACAUUUAAAGACAUGCGUGGCCCAUAGUGCUCGAGAUUUGGCUACGAAAAACUGGAUGUUGUGUCUCAGUGUUAAGGCAUCGUUGCAUGCUGUCUGCACACGAUGGCAUUUUAUGGCCACAACAAAGGGCAUUAUACUUGACCGAAACCAACGUGCUUACUGGCCGGAGGAAGACAUUAAAACAAGCCUUUUUCCCGCACGGAAACGACUGGCCUCCAAGAAAGGACAUUUCUUUGUUUGGAUAUGUUUAGCCGUCGGUGGAUUUUUUCCAGCCCUUUCCAUACUAACGCGAGAUCAGUAAGUUGCGUCUGACAAAAAUACCCCUUGGAAACUGCAAGUCUGUCAAGCCACAAUCAAAGAGCCCCCAAUGAAUCUAAUGUCCUCGGCUUUUUGCGUAGUCUUUUGUUUUCCUUUCUUUCUGGUUUCUAACAACAUUGGCCGAGCCGGUUGCCUUCUGCCGCUGGCCUGGAAGAGGGAUUGAGAAGGGAAAGGGAGGACGGAGAAAUGCACUGUAUGUUAGCCCCAAUUCCUUCUUCACUUCUCCAUGCCCCCCUGCUUAUCUCUCAUUAGUCCCCUCUAAUAUGGGCAAAAAUGCAAGCCACUUUCUUGACCUGAAAGGAUGAUUGAAACAUCAAAACUAAAGUCUCAAUUGUAAAUCAAAUACAGGGCCCUGCUUUCAACAUUUUAUGGAGACAUUUUAAAGAGUCUGCCUCUGCCAACCUUUGGGGAAUGGCAAGAUGAAUGCCUGGGUACAAUGAUGAUGGCUAAAAAGCAAGAAUCCCGAAUGCCUAUCUACAACCUUGUUGUUGUUGGCCUGUCGGGAACUGAGAAGGAGAAAGGGCAAUGUGGAGUUGGCAAAUCCUGCCUUUGUAACCGUUUUGUCCGCCCUAGUGCAGACGACUUCCAUCUUGAUCACACUUCUGUGCUAAGUACCAGUGACUUCGGGGGCCGGGUUGUCAACAAUGACCAUUUCCUGUUUUGGGGAGAGGUGGGGAGAGUUUUGGAAGAUGGUGCAGACUGCAGGAUGCAUGUGGUUGAGCAGACAGAAUUCAUUGAUGACCAGACGUUCCAGCCUCAUCGCAGCACAGCCUUACAGCCCUACAUCAAAAGAGCUGCCUCCACCAAACUGGCUUCUGCUGAAAAACUCAUGUACUUCUGCACUGAUCAAUUGGGACUGGAGCAAGAUUUUGAACAGAAGCAAAUGCCCGAAGGCAAGUUGCAGGUGGAUGGCUUUCUGCUUUGUGUUGAUGUCAGUCGUGGUAUGAACCGAAACUUUGAUGAUCAAAUGAAAUUUGUCACCAACUUGUACAAUCACUUAAGCAAGACAAAAAAGCCUAUUGUGCUGGUUCUCACUAAGUGUGAUGAGGGUGUGGAGCGAUAUAUCAAGGAUUCUCAUACAUUUGCCAUUACAAAAAAGAACUUGCAAGUUGUUGAGACUUCGGCACGGUCCAAUGUCAAUGUUGACUUGGCUUUCCUUACCUUGAUACAGCUCAUUGAUAAGGGAAGAGGUAAGCCCAAGAUCAUACCUUACUUUGAGGCAUUGAAACACCAGAGUCAACUCAUUGCCUCUGCAAAAGACCGCUAUGAGUGGUUGGUGAACCACAUUGUGAAGAAUCACAAUGAAACUUGGCCCAACAUCAGCCGACGAAUGCAGACUUCACCUGAAUACAAGGAGUAUGUAUUUUUAGAAGGUACAGGUAAAGCUAAGAAGCUAUUUCAACAACAUAUUCACCGGCUAAAACAGGAGCAUAUUGAAAAGCGUCGUAAAGCAUACUUGAGCGCUCUUCCACUCGCCUUAAGUAGCUUGGUGUCCGAGUUGGAUGAAAUUGAGCAUUUGAGCUGGUCUGGGGUCCAAAAGGUCCUUGAGUCAAAAAAAGACUUUGAUCAUUGGUUUGUGGUACUGGACGAUGCGCCAUGGGAGGACACGCCACAUCUUGAUAACAUGGAGGAUGAGCGCAUUCCCUUUGAUGUGCUAGACACCACGGCUGCUGAAAUAAUCUUUGAUGCACACCUUGAACACUUGCGCAAUGAAUGCAAGCGUGCCCAGAUGCGUCAUGAGUUCAAAGCAAAAUUAGCAUCUUCCCCUUUCGUUACCCCUGGCAAACCCUGGGAGGAGGCCCGAAGCUUUAUCAUGAACGAAGACUUCUACCAGUGGCUUGAAGAGCCAGAAUAUUUGGACAUUUAUAACCGGCACCAGAAAGCAAUCAUAGACAGGGCAAAAGAAGAUUUUCAGGAGCUUUUGCUAGAGUACUCUGAACUCUUCUAUGAACUUGAGCUGGAUGCCAAACCUAGUAAAGAGAAAAUGGGAGCAAUUCAAGAAGUGUUAGGUGAAGAACAACGCUUCAAGGCACUUCAGAAAUUGCAAGCUGAAAGGGAUGCUUUAGUGCUGAAACACAUCCAUUUUGUGUAUCAUCCUACAAAGGAAACAUGCCCGAACUGCCCACACUGUGUUGACCAUAAAAUUGAGCAAAUACUUGUUUCGUGCUUCCCAAAACAAUACCCUUCCUUCGGAAAGACCCAUUUGAUUGAUGGAAAAGUAGAUAGAAUCAAUCUUGUUAUACUGGGAAAAGAUGGACUUGCUAGAGAAUUAGCUAAUGAGAUUCGGGCAUUGUGUACCAAUGAUGAUCAUUAUGUGCUUGAAGGUAGAAUGUAUGAACUUGUCCUUCGGCCAAUUGAGGGCAAUGUUAGACUUCCUGUUAAUUCGUUUCAUACAUCUACAUUUACUCCUCAUGGAUGCCUGUGUUUAUACAAUUCAAAAGAGUCCUUGUCAUAUGUUGUAGAAAGUAUUGAGAAGUUGCGAGAAUCUACGCUUGGCAGAAAGGACAACCAUAUGGCUCACCUUCCCCUGUCACUCUUAUUAGUAACCAAAAGAGGUGUUGGAGGACUGGGUGACAUUGGUGGCGAGACAGCUCAAGCAUUAAUCUCACAGGGUCAGCAGGUAGCCCUAAAACUGCAUUGUAACUACCUGGAACCUGCCUCCCCAGGCACUGGCUAUGGGAGAAAUGUGAAUGAAAAGCAGAUCAACCAGGUUUUAAAGGUUCUACUUGAAACAAGGAGGACUUCUACAUUUCGUAGCUGUUCUCCACCUGCACCUCCGCUGCCUCCUUGUAUUCGAGACUUACAGCAGGACCAGAGCCCAGAGGCUGAGUUACGUAUUGUCUUGUGCCUAAUGUGUGGAGACUCCUACGACAUUGAUCAACUUCUUGCUCCAUUCCUGCUUCCUCAGCAUUGCAAGCCGACCUCUCCCCAAACAAGUGGCACUUCAGUGCUGCUAGAACAAACAAUUGGUGGACACAAGCAUACAAUUGAGUUGUCCCUACUGUCAUACCACUCUUCUUUUGCCACUCGUAAGAGUCGGCUGGUCCAUGGCUACAUCGCUGUAUACUCUGCUAGCCGCAAGGCUUCUUUUGAAACCCUGUGUGCCUUUUUGUGUGAGGUUCAGGACAUCAUACCAGUACAGCUGCUUGCAGUUGGAGAAACCCGGACUGAGCUUCUGGACUCUGAGAUGGCUCAUGAGAUGUUAGUCCAAGGUGAAGAACUGGCCCAUGAACUUGAGGGACGGUUUUGCAGUAUUGUCUGUGGCCCUGGGGGAGUUGUUGGAGGACUUCACAAACUAGACCUAUUGGAACAAUUUUUCACAGAGGUAUUAGAAAAGAGAACCAUUGUUGAGGCCAGUCAUAUGUAUGAAAACAUUGCAGAAGCCAGUAGCACAAAUGAGAAUGUGUAUUCACCACACUGUGGCUCCCCAAGCCCUGUCACAAUGCUGUUAGAUUCUGAGGAAGACAUGGAAGCUUCCCCGCCUUACCAUGAUGGUACACUCACCUCUCAUGGUGGAUUCAAACUGCCUGACCUGGACUCAGGUGACACAUUCUCUGUGAUCUCUGACCUUAGCACCUUUGAAAACAAGCUAAAUAAUAAAGUUCCUCCACAAGUGAGACCCAAGCCUAGUGUCACAUUUGACCUUAGAAAACCAAAUUUCAACCCGUACGUAGAUGCAGUCAGCCAUCGGCGUUCACUUACAUCCAAUGUGACGUGGCCUCUAGGAGGAGAUUACGAUCCGUCAGACUAUGCUGAGCCAAUGGAUGCUGUCUCUAAGCCACGCCCCAGCUACGAGGACAGCAUAUAUUCUGUGCCACAUGACAGCACACAGGGCAAAAUUAUUACCAUCCGCAAUUCCAAUCGGAUCCAUUCUAAUGGAGGAGGCAAUGGUUCAGACAGUGAAGGGGAUGGCAGCUCGUUGGAGAGACGUCGCAAAUUUUCAGCAGCAAGGGUAAAGCCACGGCUUUACCGUGAUCGUUCCAAGCGUCUGGGGAAGUUCAGCAGUUUCCGCACUAGUUUUUCCAUUGGUAGCGAUGAUGAGAUUGGCACACUCACAAGGUCAAAAGACGAUGAUGUUUCAGCACUGAAGACAGACAUACUCAAUGAAGAAGGAGAAGAUCCUAAAAAGAGGAACAUACUGAAAAGUCUUCGCCGACCAGGCAAAAAAACAAGACCAAAGCCUCGUCAUUCUAUCUCUAAGCCUUUGGAGAGUAACUACUUCGGGGUGCCUCUGGUGAAUGUGGUUUCCCUUGAACGACCUAUUCCGGUUUUCAUUGACAAGUGUAUUCGUUAUAUUGAAGCCACAGGUUUGACAACAGAGGGUAUCUACAGGGUAAGUGGGAAUAAGGCAGAAAUAGAGAGCACGCAGAGACAGUUUGAACAGGACCACAAUCUGGACCUUGUGGAGAAGGACUUCACUGUGAACACAGUUGCCGGGGCAAUGAAAAGUUUCUUCUCUGAGCUGCCUGAACCUCUGGUUCCUUAUAGCUCUCAGGAAGAACUGGUGGAAGCUUUCAAAAUUAAUGAUCGGGAACAAAGGCUUCACACAAUGAAGGAUGUGUUAAGACGAUUUCCCAGGGAGAAUUUUGAUGUCUUUAAAUAUGUAAUGAGCCAUCUAAACAAGGUUAGUCAGUGGAACAGAGUCAACUUAAUGACCAGUGAGAAUCUCUCCAUCUGUUUCUGGCCCACACUAAUGCGGCCAGACUUCACCUCUAUGGAUGCCCUGACAGCCACGCGCACCUACCAGACAAUCAUCGAGACAUUCAUCCAUCAGUGUGCUUUUUUCUUUUACAACCAGCCUCCUGCUGAGUCACCCACUGGCCCCUUCGGACUCCCUGGACCUCUGGUGCCCUCCGGAUUGCCCCCAUCCCCCACAGGCGCCCCUUCUUACUGCCCUCCGAACCCACAUUUUACCCCCCUUUUGCAGUCUCCGCCACAUUCUCCCCCCCAGAGCCCUCACACAGCCCCUGCAGAACCACAAACGCUGUGAGAAAAUGUGGCCUGUUAUUUAGUCAACUAUACACACACACACACACACACACACAAACUUCAAUGCAUGCUUACACAUCUGCAUACACACUCUGCACACACACAUCUAAAUGACUCUAAAACAUGUAGCUUGUUUAGGUCAGUGUUGUAUGUGAAAAAAUUUGCGCUGAACUCUCAGUACUUACAUCAGGGAUGCUCAGUCCUGCUCCUUGAAAUCCACCUUCAGGCAGAGUUAAUUCCAGUCUGCUCUAAUAUAUGUCUGUAAUUUUUAAUGUACCCCAAAACCUUGAUUAUCUGGUUCAGGUGUGUUUGAUUUGGCUUCUAUCUGAACUCUUUAUAGGACUGAUCUACAGUUAUUAAGACAUGCCACACACCAGAUGAAGGUCUGUGUGCUUAUGAACAUACUUUUUAUUAGUGUGUAACCAACAAAGACUUCAAUUACCUUGUCAGCACUGGCCUUCAUGUAGUUUAUUACAGAAGGGGAUGGUGUUAUUUUCUUGAGAGUGAAUAUAGAUAUUCUAAUCAAGAAGGAUAUGAACCGUUUUGAAGGACUUUAAAAUAUUCCUGUUCUCUUCCUCUCAGUAGAAGGCUUACAUUCAUUUUACAACAGUACAUGUUCUCUUUCUAUUCUUUCUCUUUACAUUUCUACAUGGAUCUGUGAUAUAGAGGACACUAUAGUCAUGAAAACCAUGAAGCACUUGUUCAGUCGUUCAUCUUUAUUUUUUUUUGUUGAGAAUAAUAGAAUUAACUUCAUUUUUCUCUUACUCUAUUUUAUUUCAAGAAGAAUGAAAUCACUUUAGCUGCAACCAUAUUCACCACUUUGCCUGGCUGUUGUGUUCCACUCAACCAUUGUUGGUUUCUAUCCCAUGCCUCUAUUUUAAGUUAUACGAACUUUAAACGUACCAUGGAUUUUAGAGGACAUUUUUAUUCCUUGCUUUCAAGACUUGAAGUUCUGACACCUGAUAGCCUAGAAGGUGACCUAGAAGGAGGUGUCUCCUGUGGAUAUUUGCUCAUAAAUUCACCUAAUGGGAGUGUACGUGCCCUUUCUUUGAAGGCUGCGAUUUAAAUGGCAGAGAUAUCACAUGGUUUUAGGGAAUGCACUUCCAGUUAGAGCUAGUGAGGGGCUUGAGGUUACUGAGACUGCAGAUUUACUCUGACCCUUAAACAUUAGACUCUGAAUCAGCAACUCAAAAUCCUCAUUCCUUAAUUUUGGACUCGAGUUUAAAAAAAAACA